CUGACGGAUGACGAACUGUGCUCGGACGCUCACACGAUGGUCAGCGCUGGCUCGGAUACCGCGGGUCUUACUCUCGCUCUCGGAAUAUUUUAUAUAUACAAGAAUUCUGAGAUACGAAAGCGUCUUCAUAACGAACUAGGAGCUGCAUAUCCCCACAGCAGCGAUGUUCUCAAGGCACAUUGGGCUGACCUUGAGAAACUGCCUUUCCUUUCCGCUUGCGUAUAUGAAAGCCUCAGGAUUGCGGUGCCUAUCGGAGGAGAUCUUCCACGAGUUGUCACCGGUGGUGAUUGGCAAUUCAAGGGUAUUAGAAUUCCUGCCGGCACUGUGGUUUCAUCGAGUGCAAACGCAGUUAAUCUCAAUGGAGACAUAUUCCCAGAACCUCAGCGCUUCAUACCUGAAAGGUGGUUAGACGAGCAGGGUCGCUUGUCAAACGCUAAGGAGACAUGGCUAGUAAGCUUCAGCAAGGGCCCGAGGGCUUGCAUCGGA